AUGGAGAAAGAGAGACAAGACGAAGUAGAAACUAAUCGAUGGUUUCCUUGUCAGUUCCUCGACCAAACUCUUAGAGCUAUCUUCAGGUGUCUUGGUCUUCUGACUCUUCUCCAUCAUGAUUCUCCGACGACGACGAAAACGGCGCCGUCUCCCGUAACUUUAAACCAGCCGGAAGAAGAUGUUGGCGUGAAAGACGAUGUCGUUGUGACGACUAGGGCCACAAAGGUCAAAGCAAAGAUCAAGGAGAAGGAAAAAGUUAGCACCGGCCGGUCUGGGCAACAUAACUAG